GCACCUCAAACCACCAGCCAUGAGAGCUGUUGUGCUUGCACUGACUGUGGCCCUUGUGGCAAGUCAACAGAUCAAUCUUGUUCCAGAGUUUGCCGCUGGUAAGACCUAUGUAUACAAGUAUGAGGGUCUGCUGUUGGGCGGUCUGCCUCAGGAGGGUCUGGGCAAGGCUGGUGUAAAAGUCAGCAGCAAGGUUCUCAUCAGGGCUGAAGCAUCGACCACCUUUCUUCUGAAGCUCCAGGAUCCUCAACUCUUUGAGUAUGCCGGCAUCUGGCCUCGGGAUUCUUUCAGUCCCGCUGCAAAGCUCCUCGCCGCCCUGAACGCUCAGCUUCAAAUUCCCAUCAAAUUUGAGUAUGCUAAUGGUGUGGUUGGUAAGAUUUACGCUCCUGCUGGAGUGUCUGCUACUGUCCUGAACUUGUACAGAGGAAUCCUCAAUAUCCUCCAGCUCAACCUCAAGAACACCCAGAAUGUCUAUGAGAUGCAUGAGGCUGGAACUCAUGGAGUCUGCAAGGCCCACUAUAUGAUCAGUGAAGAUGCAAAGACCAAUCAGAUUGUUGUGAGAAAAUCCAAGGAUUUGACCAACUGCCAUGAGAGGGUCAUCAAGGAUAUCGGUUUGGCUUAUGCUGAGAAGUGUGCUGAAUGCCAGCAGAGGCUUCAGAGUUUGACUGGAACUGCAACUCACACCUACAUCAUGAAGCCAUCUGAUGCUGGAGCUGUGGUCGCUGAGGCUACAGUUGAAGAGCUACACCAGUUCUCACUGUUCAAUACCAUCACUGGAGCAGCCCAGAUGAAAGCCAAGCAAACUCUGACUCUAGCUAUUGCUCCAAUCGGUGGUGAUUAUGCAGCUCGUGGAUCCUUGAAGUACGAGUUUGCCACUGAAAUUCUGCAAACCCCCAUUCAGCUUCUGAAGAUCAACAACGCCGAGGCUCAGAUUGUAGAAGUUUUGAAUCAUCUGGCUACAAACAAUAUGGAUGUGGUUCAUGAAGAUGCUCCACUGAAGUUCCUUCAGCUUACUUUGAAAACUGCGGGUAAAAUAUCAUCACAUUUCUGCAAACCCUACAGACUGCAAAACCACGUGCACGUGAACUGAUGAAGGAGGCCGUUAAAGCCUUGCA